AUGAGCCUCAGAGCCAAGAGGUCUCACCACUGCCCACAUUGUGAGGAGAUCUUCCCAUUACUAUCAAAGCUAAAAAUACACACAAAGAUACACACAGGAGAGAAUCUGUAUUCCUUCACUGACUCUGGGAAAAGAUGCACAACAUCAGUGGCUCUGACAGUUCAUCAGAGAGCACACACAGGAGAGAAGCCUUACUCCUGCUCUGACUGCGGGAAGACUUUCUCUCAAUUGGCUUUCUUAAAAAAACAUGAACAUAUGCAUACAGGAGAGAAGCCUUACUCCUGCUCUGACUGUGGGGUGAGUUUCUCUCGACUCGAUGCCUUACAAACACACCAACGUAUACAUACAGGAGAGAAGCCUUACUCCUGCUCUGACUGUGGAAAUAUGUUCUCUCAACUGGGCCACUUGAAAAGACAUAAACAUAUACAUACAGGAGUGAAGCCUUAUUCCUGCUCUGACUGUGUAAAAUGCUACUCAACAUCAACUCAGCUAAAAGUUCAUCAGAGAACACACACAGGAGAGAAGCCUUACUCCUGCACUGACUGUGGGAAGACUUUCUCUCAGUUGGCUUUCUUAAAAAUACAUGAACGUAUACAUACAGGAGUGAAGCCUUACUCCUGCUCUGACUGUGGAAAUAUUUUCUCUCAACUGGCCCACUUGAAAAGACAUGAACAUGUACAUACAGGAGUGAAGCCUUACUCCUGCUCUGGCUGUGUAAAAUGCUUCAUAACAUCAACUGAACUAAAAGUUCAUCAGAGAACACACACUGGAGAGAAGCCUUACUCCUGCCCUGACUGCGGGAAGAGGUUCUCUCGAAUAGGUCUCUUAAAAACACAUGAAUGUGUACAUAGAGGAGAGGAGCCUUACCACUGACCUGACUAGAACAUGUUUUAAAACAACAGCUGAGCUAAAAGGUCAAGAGGGAACCUUACUUUUGCUCUUAAUGUGGCAAGAGUAACUCAAGUGAUAGUCACCAAGUAAAAUACUACUUGAGGAAAAGUAUUUGGUUCUAAAUAUACUUAAGUAUCAAAAGUAAAAGUAUGCAUAAUUUCCAAUUCCUUAAAUUACCCCUACGAGAUGGGUGUCCCUAAACCGGGACGGUUGUAUCUAAGGUGUGCUAAUCUGACUAGAUUGACGUUGUAUACAACAGCCAUCUUUCCGGGACAUAGACAUAUCUUAAAUGGGCAGAAAGCUUAAAUUAUUGUUGAUCUAACUGCAGUGUCCAAUUAACA